AUGUUCGGCUCAAUCUUGACCUCUCGUCAAACAUCAGAACUCCACAAAGCCAUCGUCCAGUACCUCGAACCGCUUCUAGAAAAUGACCGUUCGGCUCUAGAUACCGUGUCACGUGUACUCGACGUUUCCCCGGCAUCAGGGGCUGCUGACGACGGCAUAAUCCCUAGAUACUUGGAAAAGAAAUGGUCUACCGUUCUACGGCUCCAGAAGAAGAUUCUAGACUUGGAGAAUGAAGUAAAUAGCUACAAGGUUCUUAUAGAGGCAGGUGCUGGAAAUUUGAGCGGAUCCAGCGGCGCUGGCGGCGAUUUUUCAGGAAAAAAUAGACUCAAUUGGCUUCCGAGUGCCAGUACCAUCCAACUCCCCACGCUUUCGACUCAAACGGUCAAUUCCGUGGCAGUUCAUCCGUUGCUACCGGUGGUGGCCGCUGGAUGCAGCGACGGGUCGCUAUUGGCGUGGAACUUGGCGGCAGAGGAUCAUGUAGGUGGCCAGAAACAGAUAGCAGCCCAUACUCGAGGAAUCAACCGCGUGAGGUGGUCAGUUCUCCCAAUAGAUCUCACGCGCGUUAAUUCCGAGCAGUAUGUGCUUGCGUCGUGCUCUCUGGACUUGACCAUUAAAAUAUGGGAGGGCGAUACGCUCAAGCAUGUGCGGACGCUCACAGGACACGACCAUACCGUUUCCGGGGUUGCAUUUUCGCCGGAAGACUCCAAGAUCUUGUAUUCGGUCUCGCGCGACAAGUCGGUGAAGAUCUGGGACUUGUACACGGGCUACUGCAUCCGUUCGUUCGUGGGCCACAGUGAUUGGGUCCGUGAUUUGGACGUGGUGCUGGUGAACAACAGCCUUGGGCUCGAGACGAUGCGGCGGUCCACCUUGGGCGAGUUUGUGCUCACCUGCUCCAACGACCAGUCAGUACGUCUUUCGCACGCGCUGCUGGGGGUCGGGUUGGCGCUCUUGUUGGGACACACACAUGUGGUCGAAGCCGUGCGUUUUUUGCCGAUGCGGUCCAACAAGUAUGUGGACAAGUACAUUUUGGAAAACAUGGACCGCUACACGUCGUACCUUCUGGACGCCAUCGUCAACAACACUCUCUACGCUGAUAGUUUGGGCUUCAAGUACUGUGUCUCCGCUGGCCGAGACAACGUCAUGAAACUCUGGCUCCUCCCGCCGCCUGUACUCACACCUAAUAGGGCUCCGCUCCCUUCUUCGCAUAACAGCUCGCAGGGAUGGCACAUUGCUGAUCUCUUGGGGCAUCAAUCCUGGAUCAGAGCGAUCGAGGUACAUCCGAACGGACGCUAUCUCCUCACUGCAUCUGACGACAAAACCAUCCGAGUUUGGGACUUGAAGAGCUUGCCGGGGCUGGGGAAGCAGACGUGUGUGCGAGUAUUACAGGCACACGAUGGUUUCGUAAACUCGAUCAAUUUAGCCAGUAUCCCACAACCAAAGAAAAAGUUCCUGACAGCCGAGGACGCAGAGAAGUGGCUCGAGUCCAACAUGCGCUGUUUGUUGGCGUCUGCUGGUACAGACAACACAGUGUCCAUCUGGUCAUAA